AUUUCCUUACCCAACGAGAGCGAUUUAUCGCCAGUUAAACAAUUGCUUUGUUAAGAGACCAAUCACACACGACUACUCAGAUCCUGGUAGUUCGUUGGGGGUCCCAGACAAGGAAUUGUGUUUGUGCACUAAUUCGCAGACGGUUUUGCGUCUGCGACGCAGGUUACUCACCGGGCAUUAGACAUUUCGAAUUCUUUGUUGGUCAAAUUCCCAUCUCUCAGGGCAAAAAUGGCGCGAUCAAAUGCCCCAACCCCGGGACAUACCCCGGUGACAGAUGCCUGGAGACCCCUUUUCAGUUACCACAGUAACAACCUCGUUCCCAGGAUCCUAUCCAAUGCUGAUUCCUCGAGAUCCUCCAGCCCUGGGACUCAUGGAAGACCUCCGACUGAAGUGAAUUCUGUAUUACAGUUUGUAUGAUAUGCUAGCUGUUGCUGUGAAGUCGGAUGGAAUGGGAUGAUUUUCGCCAAAGAACUAUGGCUAAAGUUGCUUUUAAAGAAGGCAAACCAAGUGAAUGUGAGCUAGAUGUACUAGCAGGGAAGAUCAGUGCAAAGUGGGAUACACUGGGAAUUCACCUUGGUAUUAUUCAGGAUGUCUUGGAUGAAAUAGCUGCUAAUGCCAAAAAAAAACCAUAUCGGAUGUUACUUCGCUGGAGAGAUACAACAACUUCGCUUACACCUUAUGAAGACCUCUACCAUGCCUUGUGUCAUGUGAGAGUUGGGCUCAAUAAUGUGGCCAGAGAAUUUUGUUGUAAUACUAGGGGUGAAGAAGACAGCACAGAUUCUAUGACAGACUGUAGCAGAGAUUCAUCAAAUGAGUAUGGAAAGGCACCAAUUGGAGCCAACAGAAAUGUUCUGGUCAAACCAGGCAUACCUGAGGAUAAUGAAUUGCAUGAGCUGGCAAGUGAUGUUAGUUCAUUUUGGAAGAAACUUGGGCGUGAGUUAAAACUUAAAGAGUCAAAGCUUUCUCAGUUGGAUGUAGACCACCGACAGGAUGCAUAUGAAAAGGCAAUGCAGAUGUUGCUGCACUGGAAGGAAACAAGGGACAAUCAGGCAACUUACCAGAUUUUGUACAAUGCCUUAACUAGUUCUGUGAUGGGUCGCAAUGAUUUAGGAAAAAAAUAUUGUUGUGUGAGUUGAUUAAAUAGGAGUUUACAAAGAGGUAAAACUUUUCAGUUGAGAAUUUUAAAUGCAUUAACCAGCCUGUUUUUACUCAAAUUUAGUUUUGUAAUUCAUGUGCAAAGCAUGUCACUUCUUUUGUACUUGUAUGCAUAGUGAGCAGCUAAUAUUUUAACGUCCAGGAGACAAG